AGUGCUGCUAAUAAAACAAAACAAAAAGCCGUUCGUUGGAUUACUAAUCGGUAAUAAAUCAAUAACUUUUUCCACAAGCAUCCAAUCAUUUUGCGAUCUUCGAAGAAAAGUUCCUUAAAUGGUUUUUCUAUGAGGAGCGUUGAUCGAUUUGAAUUAAGGAGACAAGGGGCGACCUCUAGGAUUUUUUAUUUGAAAGUGUAACUUUUCCCAUAGUAAAUCCUAUGAAAACUUUGAACCGCUUGCGCUAAAUUAUAGUUUCACCGAUUGCGAUGAAAUUUUGCACAGUUCAUAUGGGACCUAACUGGAAUCAAAAAAGUCGACUGGAGCAAGAAUUUGAUAUUUGUCCCAUACUACUGCACAUUUUUAGUAAACAUCCAUGCCGCACAUGACUGUGUUGGAAACACACAUUUUUUUAAAAUUGCUCGUACGCUCACAUGAGCAUGUAUUUUGCAAUAAUUUCGACAUGGCAACCUCACUGGGUUUAUAAACCACCUUCAAAUACCGAAAAAUAUUGAUAUUUUGCAAAAAUGUGAGCGUACGAGCAAUUUUAAAAAAUGUGUGUUUCCAACACAGUCCCUGUGCGGCAUGGGCGCUACUCAAAAAUGAGAGCUUUUAUUUUAGAGAGAUCGCACAGUUUUGGUAUGAUGUAUGAAGCAGACGGAUACUACCGAACGAGCCUGAUUGCUACCCGUAAAAUAGACACGAUCGUUUGAGCUACCCACAACAGCUUAGGUAUAAAACAGAUCGGCCCCUAUCGGUGCUAUAAAAACGAUCGGUUCUGAUCGUAUCAUCACCAUACGCAUCAAAGUUAUAUUUCGAGUAACAUCGUUUCUAAAACAAGUGCAACAGUUUAUUUUCAACAUGGGAAGUCGAGUUUAUAUCGGGAAACUCCCAGUCGAUACUAGGAAACGUGAUAUCGAGCGAUUUUUCGAAGGAUUCGGAAGAAUAAGGGAAAUCCUGCUGCGGGGCAGUUACGGAUUUGUGGAGUUUGAAGACUAUCGGGACGCAGAAGAUGCCAUCUACGAGCGACACGGUGCGAAACUGCAGGGGCAGAAGGUGGUUGUCGAAGCAGCAAGGAAACCACCGCGAACGGGAGCACCAAGGUUCCGACCAGGACCACCGUUGAGAACCAGUCAUCGUUUGAUUGUGGAGAACUUGUCUUCCCGGGUGGAUUGGCGAGAGCUGAAAGGUUAUAUGCGGAAAGCGGGCCAAAUCACCUUUGCGGACGCCCAUCGGGAUCGGUUGCACGAAGGCAUUGUGGAGUUUGAAACCCGGCACGAUAUGAAGCGGGCGUUGAAGAUGUUCGACGACACGGAGCUCAACGGACGAUACAUCAGACUGGUUGAAGCACGUGGAAGAUCCCGAAGUAGAAGCAGUAGCCGCUCAAGGUCACGAUCCUGGUCGAGGUCUCGCAGUCGAUCUCAAGGCCGCAAAUUGAGAUCUGUCGUUCGAUCUACGAAGAGAUCACGGUCUCGCUCGGUGGAGAGUUCGCGGUCUCGUUCAAGAUCAAGUUCAUCAUCGGAGGACGGCAGUCGAUCACGGUCCAGAUCGCCAUCCAGAAGUCAUCGAUCAAAGCGAUCAAGAUCGCAUUCGGAAGACUCUACUCGAAGUCAUCGAUCGAAGCGCUCCAAAACUGAUUCGAAGCAUUCCGUUCGAUCGGUCAGUCCACGAUCGGAGCGAUCCAGAUCCAGAAGCCAUCGAUCAACACGGUCACGGUCGCAGUCGAAACGUUCAGUCCAAAGUCAUCGAUCGUAUCGAUCCAGAUCCUUUUCGUGCUAGAUAUAUCUUAAUAUUCAGUGAUAAUGUAAGUAUAAAGGAACCCAGUUUUGUAUUUCAAUAAAGAUAUUGAACCGAACCAAUCAGCUGUUUUAACUAAUUAUUCGCAUGUUUCAAAAGUCCCUCGACAUAAACAGCCGAAAAUCUCAAUUUGUACAAGUGUGAAUCAAUACCACUAGAUUUAACACACGCAAGCGCGUUCAUGUAUGAAACGCCAUUCACGCCUAUUUCGGCCAUUCACAGUUGCCAUAAUUCACAAUCUAAACGUUUCGCGAUAAAGGGGCUGUA